CGAUCACUACCUCCGAACCAAAAGAUCACUAAGCUAGAACUUGAAAAGCUUCCCAUCGGCAUCCCUGCCAAGGAGUUAGAGGAAGGCCUCCGCGCUUCGCUUUCCCCGUUUGGCUCUGUCCUGCACCUCAGUCUCUAUCGUGCAGCAGCAGGCUGGUUCCAAGGCUAUGGCUGUGCUGUUUUGUCCAACCACGAAGAAGACGACAGUCUCGAUGGAUUGACCCAUCGCAUUGAAUUUGGCCAAGUUGGUUCACGCCUUCGACAUUUCUAUGCGACCUGGAAGGACAUGGGAACAUAUUGCCGCUACUGUCACAAUGAUGACCACAGCAUCGACACUUGUCCAACUCGACUAGCUCAAGGCUGCUUCAAUUGCUCCCGGCGAGGACACAAGGCUAGCGAAUGCCCUCAUCCACCUCGUGACCAACCGAGGAAAACACCC